AGCGAUAGAAAUUCCGAACAUCUUAGUCCAUUUACGCUAUGCUAUCUAGAAAUUUGGAGAACCACAAGGAAUUUUAAGGAUGGUUAAAUUUAUGAUGAAGAAACUUUGGGGAAACUGUCGAUUUGAUAAGUGAUUUAGUGUAAUGGGGGCAGAUGAUCAAGUCUACCAUGAUCUGUACGCAUACAUUUUCUUUUCUUGAUUGACACUGCAAAUUUUUCAUGCUCUUUAGGAUGCUUGUGGAGCGCAUAAUGUUGGUUGCAUAAUUUUGAUCAAGUCUACCGUCAAAAGAAAUCUGACAAAAACUAGCAACCGAUGAGUCAUUAAGAAGACGAUAGCCUUACCUGGAAAAAAUAGGCUUUUUCUCAACUUUUUUUAUGUAUGUAUUUAAUAAAUUCUGAAAGAAGUUGUUUCUAGGUGUAUUUGGGGAUGGAUCUUCCUACGACUACUGUGGAACAUGUACCAGAGACAAUUGAAGACGAGCAAGAGGGAAGUCCAUUGUUCAAGUGCGAUCUCUAUGACACAGAAAUAGUUCACAAGAUAGCUCUAGUGUUCAUCCUAGGAUUAGCUACAGCUUGUGUUGACAACACAACGGGUGAUAUGUUCAGGAGCCCCGCUUCUGUAGCUGUUGAUACCAGAAAAGAACUGGUGGACUAUCUUUCUCAGAGAAGUGGAAAUUUCGUCACUGAAUUUAUUAUCUUAGAAGGUGGUCCGGAGGCAGAAGCAUCUGACCAUCCCUUUGAUAUUAUUUCCGAUUUUGUUGAUGACUUUUCAAGUUCAAAGAGGAACUUGUUUAGUCGGGUUUCAGGAUGGCUACUGAGUGAAAAGAGAGAAGACAAGGUAGAUGAUUUUAUUCAAGAGAUGGAAAUAAAUGGGUUUUGGUUGUUGGAUGGGAGGGAAGCAAUUGCACAGACUUUGCUCAAAAAUGCAUUUCACUGCAACAUGAAAUUCGACUCUGCUGAAGAACUUGAUGCACAUGUUCACCACUUCAGCUUUAGAUCUAUGACCUGCACAAAUGAGGGUUGUAAUGCCAGAUUUUGUGCGCUUCACUUGGACAAGCAUGAUGCAGUUUGUCCCUUCAAGAUAAUUCAAUGUGAGCAGAAGUGCUCAGACAGGAUCAUCAGACGCGAGAUGGACAGGCAUUGCAUAACUGUCUGUCCAAUGAAGCUUGCGAACUGCCCUUUGUAUGCAGUGGGUUGUCAAUCAACGAUACCUUACUGUAUGAUCGAACAACAUUGUUCAGAUACCCUCAGUUCGCACUUGCUAUAUAUUCUUCAAGGCAUUCACAAAGAAGCAUCUAUGGAGGAUCUGAAACGAUGGGCGGAGCAACCAGAAAAGGCAGCAUCAUCUGGUCAGCUAGCAGAAGCUCGAGACAUGAGAUCUUUAACAUCUAAAGUCAAGGACAUCGAGGCAAAGUGGAGACCAUUCGAAGUCCACAUCACGAACAAGGAUAUUGAAGAGAAUAUGGAGAUUUCAAAUACAGCAAAUGGCUUGGACGUACGAAGCCCACAUCAAGAACAAAGAUACUCAAGGGGAAUGGAGACGUCAAAUCUGGCAGAUACCUCAAGCAAAGCUGAAAGUUAAAAGUUCCAUAAAUUGCAAGUACGCUUUCUUUUUUUCUACUUUUUGUGUACACAUAAUUUUAUUCAUCAUGGAAUCGAAGUUCUCUUCAGAAUAGCAACCGUUUGGAUAUUAAAAUUGUUUUAUUU